AUGUCGUCUGCGAAGCCGAAGCCGAAGACCGCGGGCAAGGAUGGAAAGCCGAAGAAGGCGAAAGGUGUUUCCUCAGAAGACGCUCGCUCAGUAGACGUCCCAGACAUGGUGUCUCCAGCGGGAGCCAAGGGGGAAAGUGAGAAUACGGAUGAGAGGAUCAUGUCAAAGGAGGACGCCGAUAUUUGGGAUUCGGUGACGAACCAAUGGUCGGAAGUCAGCCCUGCAAAGCUCCUUGAGCUCGAUCGUCGGGCGCAGGACGCGUUUCUCGGAACGAUGAAGUUCAACAUCAUCGACAGGAACCCUGCCCCUGUCGGAGAUGAACUGCUCGGGGAUCGUCUCCCAGAGCUGCGCUUCAAGGAGACGAUACAGAGGCCCGUUAACGUCGUUGCAUUGGCGGACAGCAUCGUCACCGAACUUGCGGCGCUCGAGGACGCUUCAGCCAAGUCGGACGACGAAGCAGAGUCGGAGGAUGGGAAUCAAGACUCCGUUAGGAGUGUCGCGAGUGAGAGGAGCAGGGAGGGAGAGCAGUGGAACUUGAGAGGAUAUGGCUAG